AUGGUUUUCUCUGUAGUGGACGCCAGUCAUGGCGUCUGGCAAGUGCAGUUGGAGGAGGAGAGCUCCGAGUUAUGCACGUUUAACACCUUGUAUGGACGUUACCUCUUCCUGCCACUUCCCUUUGGAACAUCGUCAGCUCCUGAAGUGUUCCAGAAGUACAUUGCACAGAGACUGGAGGGUUUGGAAGGAGUGGUGAAGGUAGUGGAUGAUAUCUGGGUGUGGGGAGAAGAUGAAAAACAGCAGGACAUGAGACGGAGAGCGCUGAUGGAGAGGAUCCGAAGCAUCAACCUCAAGUUAAACACAGACAAAUGCAGAUUUAGAAAGAUGGAAAUCACAUAUGUUGGUCACAUUCUGCCUGCAGAGGCAGUGAAACCAGACAAGGAGAAAGUCAGAGCAAUACAAGAAAUGCCUGAACCAGAAGACAAGGCAGGUCUGCUGCGGUUUCUGGGCAUGCUACAGUAUUUGGCAAAGUUUGUCCCAAACCUCUCUGAUGUGAGUGCGCCACUCCGGAAACGUCUGGAAGGACGUUCUUGCCAGGCUCAGAAACCACAGGUCCAGUCCACAUCCUCCAGGGCGCAGGAGCCACUGGCAACUCACGUCACAGUGAAGACAGAGCUGAUGCUUUUGUUUGUUCCUCCAGUGAAGCAGCCGCCGCUGCGUGGGGCGGAGCAAGAGAUGUGCAGGACAGCACUCUUCACCUCUGUGGGCCAAAGCUUCCAUGUUGGUUUGGCCGGGGCUCCUGGGAAGAAAGUCAACCUCAGCGCUUGGUUCCCCUCCAUGACUGUCACAAGAGUGUGGAGCGAGGAGGAGGAGGAGUCGCAGCGUGGCCAGGUCGCCUCUGUAACCUCAGGUGCGGCGCAGGUGAACUCUGAACUGAAGCCUGUUGGCGCUCUGGUCACCACUCCUGGAUUCUCUCCUCUGUGUCAAGUGGACUUUGGACCAAAGUGUGUUUCAGGAUCAGACGGAGCUGAGCUUCACCUGAGGAGAUUCACCUGCAAACAUGGACGACACACGUCUGCGGACCAGAGGAGAGCUGCUCACAGAGAGGAGGGAGACCCCCCCUCUAAAGGAGCUGGGACCAAAGCUCAGAGAUAUGAGCUGCAGCCACAAGCACCUGGACCUGGACCUGGACCUGGACCUGGACCCAGCUGUGUGUCUCUGAAGAGUGAUCGCUCGAUGUGGAGACGGAUUGACUUCAGAGGAGGAGCGGAGUCUUCAGGUCCGAGGAUCCAUCAGGAACCAGAAGAGUCUGGACUCUGCUGUGACUCUCUGAAGAGUCAUGUCUCCAAGGGUCUCGUGAUUGACUUCAAAGCUGAAGAGUCUCCGGAGGAGAGAGAGGACCAUCAGAGCUCAGAGCUUCUCAGUGGUCAGCAACAUCCAGACUCUGCACGGCAGCGACUGGAGGAGAAGUUCCUCAGCUAUGUGAGCAGAGUCUGGAGGCUUCUGAGUCCAGAUGAGCCAGAACCUCCAGAGACUGAGGAAGAGGAGCAGUGGAGGAGCAUCAGGGAAGAAUUCCUGAAGAUCACAGUUCACCUGCUGAGGAACAUGGAGGAGGAGGAUCUGGCCCAGCGUCUGUGGAGCAGAAGUGGUGCUGGAGCGUGUGCAGGGCCACUGAAGAGGAGCCUGCAGAAGAAGUUCCACAGUGUGUCUGAGGGGGUCGCUAGAGCAGGAAACUCUGCCCCUCUGAAUCAGAUCUACACAGAGCUCUACAUCACUGAGGGGGGCACAGAGCAGGUCAACCAGGAGCACGAGGUCCGACAGAUCGAAGCAGCAACCAGGCAGCAGACCAGACCAGGAACUACCAUCAGAGCAGAAGACCUCUUUAAAGCCUCACCUGACACAGAGCCACCAAUCAGGAGCCUGCUGACGAAGGGCGUGGCUGGCAUUGGGAAGACCCUCCUGACACAGAAGCUGACUCUGGACUGGGCUGAAGACAAAGCCCACCACAACUUCCAGCUCCUGUUUCCUUUCACCUUCAGAGAGCUGAACCUGCUGAAAGAGAAGCAGUUGAGUUUGGUGGAACUUGUUCAUCGCUUCUUUCCUGAAACCAAAGACUCAGGACUCAGUAGCUUUGAAGGAGUCCAGGUUCUGUUCAUCUUGGACGGUCUGGACGAGUGUCGACUGCCUCUGGACUUCAACAGUCGGGUCCUGACAGAAGCUACAGAGUCCACCUCAGUAGACGUCCUGCUGACCAACCUCAUCAGGGGGAAGCUGCUUCCCUCAGCUCAGCUCUGGAUCACCACACGACCUGCAGCAGCCAAUCAGAUCCCUCCUGAGUGUGUGGACAUGGUGACCGAGGUCAGAGGGUUCACUGACCUCCAGAAGGAGGAGUACUUCAGGAAGAGGUUCAGACGAAAGAAGCAGACCACCGUCAUGUCUCACAUCAGGAGCUCACGAAGCCUCUACAUCAUGUGUCACAUCCCCAUCUUCUGCUGGAUCACUGCCACAGUUCUGGAGGACAUGUUGAAGAGCAGAGAGACCGGAGAGCUGCCCAAGACCCUGACUGAGAUGUACAUCCACUUCCUGGUGGUUCAGGCCAAAGUCAAGAAGCUCAAGUACCAUGGAGGAGCUGGGACCGACCCAGUUUGGGAUCCUGAGAGCAGGAAGAUGGUGAAGUCUCUGGGAAAACUGGCUUUUGAGCAGCUGCAGAGAGGAAACUUGAUCUUCUAUGAAUCAGACCUCACAGAGUGUGGCAUGGACAUCACAGCUGCUGCACUUUACUCAGGAGUCUUCACACAGAUCUUCAGAGAGGAGAGAGGACUGUACCAGGACAAGGUCUUCUGCUUCAUCCACCUGAGUCUCCAGGAGUUUCUGGCUGCUCUUCAUGUCCACCUGAAGUUCUUCAACUCGGGAGUCAACCUGCUCGACUCACAGAAAACAUCCAAACUGGCAAAAAUCUUUGGACUUCACAUCAAACCAUUCUACCAGACAGCAAUAAAUGAAGCUGUAGAAAGUCCAAAUGGACAUCUGGACCUGUUCCUGCGCUUCCUUCUGGGUCUUUCUCUGCAGACCAGCCAGAGGCUCCUUCCAGGUUUGUUGACACAGACAGGAAGUAGCUCCUGGACCCAUCAGGACACAGCAGAGCUCAUCAAGGAGAAGAUAAGUGAGAAAGUGUCUCCAGAGAGAAUCAUCAAUCUGUUCCACUGUCUGAGUGAAACAGAGAUCCUGAUGGAUGACAACAAGCACGGCGCCUGCCGUGGUGAGCCUCCAUCCUCUCCUCCAAGUUUGAUGUCCUCAUCCACGCUCAGAUGUUCAAACACCAUCCAGCGCCUCAGUUCUUCAUCCUCCCACAACUCGUGUCAGACAGUCAGGGAAGCCUUUGAUGGACAGGAGUCACAGAGCAGCGCUGCUCUGUGA